CAGGAAGGGGGAGGAGUCGCUGAAAAAAAGGUGAAUGGCUGUUGUGGCUGCUAAGCUGAUCAGAUGGAGAAAAAGCACACGAAAAGCUUCCCGACUGUGAAGUUGACCACACUACACGUGCUGUAAAGCCUCGAUGAGGAUUUUACGACAGAGUUCAUCUCUCUUUCUGUGCGCUCUGCUGUUUAAGCCGAGGGUGAGAGAGUCGCUUCCUCUGAGCUCAUGAGGCUUUAGCAUGCUAGCAUGCCCUCUGAUUUUAUAUCUCUCCUGAGCGCCGAUAUCGACCCCAGUUCUCCCAAAUCUCUCUAUUCCAAAGAGUCUGUGUAUGACCUGCUGCCUGCAGAGCUGCAGCUGCCGUCGCUCGUCCUGCAGGAAAACUCCAGCAUGAGCCAGAAGAGCGGUGGAGAAGCCGGACCUCCUCCUGCUGCUGCACUGCCCACAGAUGCCGCUGCCCCGUGCGCCGCUGCCUCCUCCCCAGGGGCCCUCAGCAGUACGCUUCCCUCCUGUCCCAGCAUGCUCUCUGCUACCUCAGCAGCGGAGCAGACGCCGGAGCCGCAGCCGGAGCGCAUGGAGCCCGCAUCAGAUGCCGCACAGAGCCAGGCCACCCCCUCCAAACGCCGCACCGUCCUGAGCAUCUCGCCUCCUCCGGAGGACCUGCUGGAUGACAGCCAGAUGUCCUGCCAGGACGACGCGCUCCCGAAUCUGGACUCGGAGCAGAGCAGCACCAUCUGGCUGGAGGAUUCAGUGUCCAACUUCAGCAUGGGCAGCAGCAGCUCCUACAAUGACAACACAGAGGUGCCCAGAAAGUCCCGCAAGAGGACGCCCCGCCAGCGCCCCGGCUCCAAACCCGCAGCCCGAGAGGAAGCCGGCAUGGAUGUGUUUGACGCCGACAGUGCUAAAGCUCCACACUUUGUGCUCUCACAGCUGGGUUCAGACACCAAAGUCACACCCAAAGCCAGCUCCCUGGAAGUGUCAAAUAGCCAGAAAGGAGGAGUUUUGUCCAUUCAGUACCCGCAGAAGUGCGAAGGGAAGGAGCUGAAGAUUCUGGUCCAGCCGGAGACGCAGCACAGAGCGCGAUACCUCACUGAGGGAAGCAGAGGAUCUGUCAAAGAUCGGACGCAACAGGGAUUCCCUACAAUAAAACUAGAUGGCGUCAGUGACCCAGUGGUGCUCCAGGUGUUUGUGGCCAAUGAUGCUGGACGUGUGAAACCUCAUGGCUUUUACCAGGCCUGUAGAGUAACAGGACGCAACACCACGGCCUGUAAGGAGGUGGACAUCGAGGGGACCACGGUAAUCGAAGUAAACCUCGAGCCGACCAGCUCUAUGACCCUACCCGUGGACUGCGUUGGCAUCUUAAAGCUGAGGAAUGCAGAUGUUGAAGCCCGGAUCGGAGUUGCAGGAUCCAAAAAGAAAAGCACUCGCGCACGUCUGGCCUUCAGAGUCAACAUCCCGAGACCCGACGGAUCUGUCCUGACCCUCCAGGCUCUCUCCUCCCCCAUAUUAUGCACUCAACCAGCUGGAGUGCCUGAAAUCCUCAAGAAGAGUCUUCACAGUGAUUCUGUAGCAGGAGGAGAGGAGGUCUUCAUAAUCGGCAAGAACUUUCUCAAAGGAACCAAAGUUCUUUUUCAGGAAAAUACAUCAGAUGAGAAUGGUUGGCAGGCUGAGGCAGAAAUUGACAUGGAACUUUUCCAUCAGAAUCAUCUAGUGGUGAAGGUUCCUCCAUAUCAUGACCAGACCGUGGCUGCCCCGGUGUCUGUAGGCAUCGCCAUUGUGACAAACGCAGGAAGAACGCAUGAUUUACAGUCUUUUACUUACACUCCUCUAACAGAGAAAGUUGAAAUACCAGUGAAGUCAGAACUACCUUCCACAGUCAAGGCUUGUACCUUUGAAGAGCAGAUCAAAGCGAUGCAAACUGAGACCAACUGUCUAAAUAAUGUUAUAAUGUUACCUAUGGUCAAGCGGGAAGAGCCUAUGGAAGUCUCCUGCAAUGCUACUCCUUCUGACAUUUUUAAGCCUGUAGAGGCCCUUAGUUCAACCCAACAAAUAUUGGAGAUCAGUACUGUCCUUCCGUCCGCCACCAAAUCUUUUCCAAGCCCUGUGGCUCUCCAACCCGUCGACUCCCAGCAGGCACCGGCUCAAAUCUUCACAACUCAAGAAACGUUGGCCACCAUUCAGAAGCAGGACAUUCCUUCACCUGCGUCCUUUCAAGUGUCCUUGUCGGAGGACACAACCGUUCUCCAGCCUGUUCCCCCUCAGGUCCCACAGCAGUUCUUGCGGGAAACCCCAGAAACACUGUCUCCAGAAGAUAGCAGUGCAGAUGGUGCUGGAAUGGUACUGGUGGGCAUAGACAGGAAUCCUCCAUCCCAGCGCCAACAGGUCCAGGCUCUUCUACCCCAGGAUGGGGUUGCACAGCUGGAGCGAGCAGUGAGAGAACUGCAGGCACAACAGCAGCUCAAUUCUGUACUUUACAGCCCGACUCCGUCUGCAGAAAGCCUUCAGCAGCAUGUGCAGGAAAACAUGAACAGCCUUCGGUUGGGUGGAAAUGAGACGACUCUAACCAACCAGCAACAGCAGCAGCAGGAGCAGAAUAUACUGGAGAAUCUACAACAGCAGCAGCAGAAGGCUCUCGUGGAUCUACAGCAUCAACAAACUGUCCUUGAAAAUCUCCAGCAACAUCAGAUAGUCUUGGAAAACCUCCAGCAACAUGCUCUGGGCAACAUCCAGCAGCAACAGACACACAAAGUCCUGGAGAAUUUGCAGCAUCAGCAACAGCACCAGAAAGUUCUGGAGAACAUUCAGCAGCAAAGUUCAAUCGUGACUCUGCAGCAUCAGAAGGUUCUGGACAAUCUCCAGCAGCAGCAACAGCAUCAGAUAAACCUAGAAACUCUUCAGCAUCAGGAGGUGUUGGAGAGCCUGAAGCAGCAGCUGCAGUCAGAGCUCAUGCAGACGCAGAUACCAAUGCAGUGCACGCCUAGCUUCACUAGCGAUCAGCAAAGCUCCACGCGGACUAGCACUCUCCCGCAGUCCUCCGAGGGAUUCCUCCAGAACCCCCCACAGCAGCAGACUGCACUUUUCCAGCAGACCGGCGGGAUCAUGACCAUACAGACCUCUGGCUUUCUGCAGCAGCCGUCCGCUCAGCCAUCACCUCCUCAGCCGCUUUUCCAGAGCCACAACCCCUUGACGGAAACUCAAGACUCUCAGACUGUACUCUUCGGAGCCACAAAGCCACCACAGGUCCAAGCAGCCUUAUUCCCCAGUACCAUGACAAUGCUAACAAGCAGCAAUCUCCCCACAGAGCAGCAGGCUCCUUCAGCUAGCCUGUUUAUUGCCCAGAGUGUGUUACCAGCAUCAGAUAACACCCAGAGCCAGCAACAGCAGCAGAUCACCUUCCUCACGCCCAUGCAGACCUCGGGAGCCGAACCCCAGACAGUCUCGCUUUUCCAGGGACAAACACAGUUGUCCACCCCAAUGGAGCAACAACAGUCUCCCCAACAGCAGCAGAUGCCAACCGCUCAACAACCACCUCUAUUCCCAAAUAUCACAACAAUAUCCCCAAAUCAAGCACAGCAACCAACUCAGACGGGAAUACUGUUCUGUACCACAACAAUCAAUCCUCAUGAUCUCCCGCAAGCUCUGCUUUUCAGUGGCCAGACUCAGGCAUCACUAGGAACCGAUAGACUCCCAGAGAACAUCUUUCAGGAGCAGCAGCCCAUGCAAGUUGUUCCCAGCUCUGAAAAUGUUUCUUCCAACAAUCCUUCGAACCAGCCCGCAGUCCCUGCAGCGCAGGCCGCUCAGAACCCGUCGAUUAUUUUCACACAAACCGGUGUGGUGAAUGUUGCUCAGCAAGACUCUGCAGAACCCAUGUCUUUUCAAGACCAGAGCACCAAUGUUAAUGAAUCCUCUACCAGUUUGCCUUCAACACGGACAGAACUGUUUCAGGACCAGCAGCCCAUGCAGGUUGUGCCCAGUGCCACAAGUGUAACCCCUGUCUCUCCUUCGGACCAACCUUCCGUCAACAUUUACUUGCCUCCGUCAGCAAUUUCGGCCCUGCAGGGUGGUGUAAGUGCUCAGGAUUUGCCUCCAGCCGCCGCAGCUGCCACCAUGUUUAGUGGGCAGACUGGUGUGGCAGUGUCAGGACUGCAGAACGCCACCCCGACUGCCCCUCCACAGCCACCCAGCCAACUCUUCCAGACCGCUAUUGGGGGAACCCUAAGCCAGCCGGGACCUCCAGGACCAGCAGGCCUGUUUCUCUUUGAGAUUCCCAGUGAUUGUGGAACGUUAAUAAACUCUCCCGGUCCGCCGUUGUCCGAUCAGCUGGUCUCUUUGGGUCAUCCCGGUGCAGAUCAGAAUCAGACCCAGCUUCAGACUAGCGCACAGAUUCAGACCUUACUGGAUCCAUCCAGCAACCUGGAGGACAAGAUAGACCAACUUCUGGAGAGUUUUCAGGAGCAGGGAAAGUCGCUCCCGCAGGAUUUCUUGGACCAUUAAAGCUAGGUAAUUCGAAAGCAGACCACCGUCCACACCGCUUGCUAAUGCUCCUUUUUCCAUCUGGCGUCUUAUGUGGGUAUUAUCUAAUACUGGGGGUCACCUGGAACUCUUCUAUAUCUGUUUCUGAACGCUUGUAGUGUGUUGGACGUCCUUUUCUUGAUGGACGAUUAAGGGUCCACUUUAUAUAAUGUCAACAUAUCAUGUGACCCACGAAGCCAUUAAGUAUAUUGGCACUUUGCUAACUUUGUAUUGUGUUCUUGACUUCCACUUGAAUCUUCUCCAUUUAUUACCAUCGUUAAUCUGUUUUCGUUAGAACCCAACAAUAGUACAAUGUAGAAAAAACACAAAAAAUUAAUCAAAAACUCUGUUGCCGUUGAGAUACUAAUACAUUGUGAAUGAAUUUGAAAUAUAUUUAGCACUUUAGGGGGUUUCCUGUCGGAGAUUCCCUUUUAGCUUUGUAACCCAUACGUGUCUAACAUGGCCGUCAAAGCUCUUUUUUGAUAGUCAUGGUGCUUUCUAAAAAAAUAAUGUGUUUUUUUUGUGUUUCAUUAAUCUCUUUUAAGAAUAUAGUCUAUUUUAUGAGCCAUGGUUUUUUUUUUUGUUAUGUGUUUGACUGUUUAUCCAUUUUCAACAUACGUCACGAUGCUCUGCUAGUCACUCCUCCUGUUUUUACUUUUAUUUAAUUUUAUUUAAGAGGUCCAACUCGUAGGCAGGGAUGUGAAUUUGUGCAACGUUGCCGAUGAGAUCUGUGAACAGAUUGUAUUCUCCUCCAGCAGAGCGUCUUCGGUGUGUGUGUGCUCGGCAGAAAUACACAGAGCACAUCACUGUUUGUACUAUAUAAGGUGCAGCUACAGUCUUGAACUGUAUGCGGUUUGUGGAGGUUUAUUUAAAUAAGCACAAGCUUUGGAAGAUGAUUGGUUGUGGUGGAAAUGCAAGGGAUUGUUCACCCAGAUCAUUAUUUACUCAUGCUCACGUCUUUCUAAACUGGACAGAAAUCUAAACAGCUAAAAAUGUUUUAAUGUAUGAUAUUCCAGAGGUUUUGCUUGCGCACUUAGGGGAUGUUUACAUUCGUUUACAUCAUUUUUUUUCUGACUGGAUACCUAUCUGAUUAUAAAACAGGCAGAUGUAAACACAUUCGAGAGGUGAAAACUGGACAUGUCUAAAUGCAUUCAUCACAACCUCCAGGAUUUUGCAAUUCUUUUGCAAUUUAAUGCAAAUGAAAGCAAAUAUUGCAAAAUUUUGUGGAGAUUUUCUUCAUAUUUUGGGCAGUCAGGACUAGCGUUGGGAGUAAUGCAUUACAAUAAUACUAAUAUAAUAAUAUACAUUUUCAAAGUAACGAGUAAAGCAAUGCAUUAAAGAAUUAAGUAAUAAUAUUUAAUUUACAUUUAAAAAAAAUGUAAUGUGAGUUAGGUUUUAGUUUAAUUAAAUAGCUUUUUAAAAAUAAAUUGCUUAAUUAAUUUGCAUCGUCACGUUGAAUCCGGCGCUGAUGAGAGAAUGCAGGAACGGACAGAAAGCAAGAUGGCGUUGGCUUAUAUUUCUGCAGUGCUGGAAGUAUUCUCAUUAUUCUGAACACAUGAAGAAAAAGAAAAGGGGAUUAUAGUCUGAAUGCACACUGAUUUUAGUGCACUAAUAAGACUCAAAGGACAAAAGCAGCAAACACACUGCUUUAAACUGUCAUUAAUCUUUAUAUACGGCAUGUAGAGCUCUGAGAAGGUCUCAGAAGAUCACAUUAUCCUACAUUAUCCUGUUUAUUUCAAGGUAAAUGAAGGUUAUUCAGUCUGUUGUGUAUUGCAGAGCUCCUCUAUUUAAAAAAAACAAGAAUAAAAACUCUGAGAUCAAGCCUCAGUAAGAAAAAAUAACUUAAAAGUAAUGCAACUAGUUUGCUUUUUGGAGAGUACUCAAUAUUGUAAUGCACGUUACUAUAUGUGUAUGACAAAGAUGAAUGGUUCUUGAGUGCUUAAAGUAUUCAAAUGUGUAAAUUUGUGCAUAUUUUCUCAGCAAAACGAUGAAAGAAAUGCCUCAAAGUCUUUUAUUCACACAAAAUCUGAAUUGUUUUCCCCUCAGAAAAUCCUCCAACCCAAAAAAGCAUCUUAAGACUCGAUAUAGAUUUGGUAUACAGAGCGGUAUAGAUUUGGCUUCUCUUGUAAGAUUAAUGCAAAUAUAUAUAUAUAUAAAAGUAACGUCCAGAGUUUGAGCGUGACACGAGUAUUGAGUAAAUAAUAACAGGGUGUUUAUUGCUGAUGUGAACGAUCACUAUUGAGUGUUUUCGGGCAGCUUAACGUGGCUUUUAGGUCCAUUGAGGGUUUAAGAAGGGAUUGCUUUGUUUUUGUUACAGUAAACCGCAUCUAUGAUGAGAUAUUUAAGGAUAAAAUCCUGCGUUUUAAAGCAAGCUAUGAUGAAGAAUCCCAUCCCUGCGAGACAGUCUCAGAAAAGCUCAGCAAACUGGAAGAUUUCUCGUCAUCAGCAUGAAGAAAUGAACUCGUACAGGGUUUUUACAUGGUCGUAAUUAAUACUAAAGGCUUGUUUACAUCCGUCUUUAUUAUUCCUAAUGGUUUGAGCUGUCUAUUAUAUGUGUUAUAGUCACAUGUUGGAGUCAUCACCUUCAUCGUGAUCCGGUUGACACGUUAAAUCACAUUUAUUUGUCGUCUCACUCACUUUGCAGUCUGUUAAAGAAAAUAAACGACUUUUUAAGACAUUUUCAGUGUACUCUAAGAAGCAGCUUUUGCAUUGACAAACAUAAUGUGAGGCAGUUGUAUUUGCAAUUAUUUUUACAUCAUACCUUUUCUUGCCUUUUUAAAAAAAACAAAACAAUCUGCUUUAUUGUGAACUUUGCAUAACGAAUUGUAAAUAGUAGAUCAGCUGUUUUACGUGUGCUGUUCCUUUGUGAGGUAGCAGUUUGUUAAAAGCGUGCUCUCUUUGUAGUAAAAACAUAAUAAUCUCGCCCGCCGGUGAGGCGUACAUACAGUAUUUUUGUAAGACUGAAUUUCCAAAUGUACCGUGUACAUUUUACAAGUGAAUCGUCCCUUCUGCAGUACUGUACUUCACGUGUGGAUGUUCAGAGAGCGCUGAAACUGAUGGCUUUUGUCCCCAUCACUGUGUUACAAUAUGGAGAUUGUUAUUUGUUUGGUAAGUGAAAUGAUGAAACUGUAAAUUUGUCAGAAGAAGAAGCUGGUUUUUGGGUGUGGCUGAAUCUCACACACGACUGUACAUUUAUUUGUGUCAUAUUUAGUGUUGUCACGAUACUGGGAUUCGGUACCAAGCGAUACUGAUAUUUUAAAAGCGGCCAUUUCUCGCUAACAUUUGAGUGCUGUUGAGCGCGCUCUGCAACCUACAAGACCUACAGAGCUGUAUUAAUGCGUCCUGAAGUAAAGUGUUUGCUGGCCUCACGCAUCUGUCGGUCAGUCAGUCAGUCAGUCAGUCAGUCAGCACGUAACCUUAAAAGGUAAACAAAUAACGCACAGCACUACUACUGUUACAGAAACGUUCGCACUGUUAUAAUUGACUGACAUUUUAAUACGCUUUGGUGCGAUUAUCACCCGCUAUUAAAAAAACACGACUGAAUAUGUUGACUGAGAAGCUGUAAUGUAGCCGUGGCGGGAUCAAUCUUGGCGUGGCGCCCCGCCAUGGAAGAAUGAAUGUAGCGGAAACCAUGCAUAGUGUUCAAAACCAACCACUGGGUUAAAA